AUGGAAACAUUCUGGGCGGCACCUCCGGUGUCUCGGACAAUCACGGCCCUGACAUUCAUUCAAUCCACUGCGUUAUAUGGCGGCGUACUAAGUGGCUAUUGGGUGAUCUGGGUGCCUCGUUUGAUCUUCCAAGUACCUCCCCAGAUUUGGCGGUUGGCUUUACCAUUCUUCAUAACCGGCCCGAAACUCUCGUUCAUCUUUGAUCUAUACCACAUGUACACCUACGGUAGUGCCCUGGAGACCAGCUCGGUUCGAUUCUCCCGGCCAGGAGAUUUCGUUACUUACCUGGUUUUUGUAGCCCUUGUGAUCAUGCUCACAGCAGGCUACAUUCUGGGUGGCGUGGUUUUCACUUCCGCAUUGAUCCUGGCCAUGGUCUACACCUACGCACAGGAUAACCGCGGCCGCAAAGUCUACUUCUUCUUCGUCCAGAUGCCCGUGCAAUAUCUGCCUUAUGCAAUGCUUUUUAUCACCUUGCUCCAGCAGGGAUGGCCAUCUGCGUUGAGUGAAAGUAUGGGUAUUGUGGCCGCUCAUGCCUACGACUUCGUCACUCACAUCUAUCCAACCUACGGGGGUGGUCGAAACUGGCUCGUCACCCCGGGCUUUGUGCACCGAUUCUUCAGUAAUACCUCCUCGCGUUCAUAUGGUACCGCCUCCCGCCAGCCCGAGCCGCGGUCAACCGGGCCUUCGACAUCCAGGGGCUGGACCUCGUCAUUCCAGAACCCCUGGAGCAACCGUGGCGCUGGACGGAGACUCGGUGGGAACUAA